CUCUAUUCUUUUUUUCAGACAAGUGACAAGGAAGACAGAAAGUGAAAUAAGUCUUGUCUCUUUUUUUUUUUUUGGUGUGGAAUAUUGGUUGAGUUUGAGUGACGAUGUCUUUCAUCGACCCAAGAACUUACAUUCCAUCGAACUCAACUGAAUCCCAGAUACUGAAAUUUACGUUUAUCGUCUGUGUGCCAAUCUGUGUCAUAUUAAUCGUCCUCCUCGUUCUUUAUAUCAUGCGUCGAAACAGCAAUACCAACGUUGAUUGGUCUUCUCUUGGUGGCUUCGUGCCCACCAACAAUAAUCUCUCAACGGCUGAAUUAGGACUGAGCAAAGACAUAAGAGAGAUGCUUCCCAUUGUUAUCUACAAGGAGAGUUUCACUGUCAACGAUACACAAUGUUCAGUGUGUCUUGGGGACUACCAAGCAGAAGAGAAACUCCAACAAAUGCCAUCAUGUGGGCACACUUUCCACAUGGAAUGUAUUGAUCUAUGGCUCACAUCGCACACAACAUGCCCUCUUUGUCGUCUCUCCCUUAUCCCCAAACCGUCCGUAGACCUGUCCCAUCAAAGCAUAGAGAUUGUAUCUUCCAUAGAAAACACUAACGGAGGAGAAGCUUCAACUCAACCAGAUUCCCAGUCAGCAACCGAAGCAAUAAUUCACAUCGAUGAUGUCGAAGAAGGUAACCGAGAUAGUAUAGAGGUCGUUAAGGAAUCGGAAGAGAAUGACAGAAACAGCGUAGGGACAUCUGAUGGUUGUUGUAGUUGUAGACUUGGUGAAAAAGCGUAGAAGCUUUGUCUUUUGAUGAUCAUAUUGGUAAGAUUUAAGAAUUUUUGUUGUCUCUAUUGCGUUUGUUAGUAACAUUGUUAAGAGUGAAGUAAAGGCAUGAUCCAUAAAAAGAAAAUAGUAAGUUUGGAAAGAUUUGUGUCAUUUUUGUUUUAUAAAUCAUGUCGGCUGAUCUAGUCA